AUGGAUGGGAUUAAUUCUGGAUUUUCUUCAAAGUUGAAGCGAGCAAGACCCCCCGCUCUGCGAGAUUUUCCUAGAGGCUGUAGAGGGUUUCCAGUUGUGGCGAACUCACGUGAGAAUGAAGACGACGUUGCUGUCAAUCCUUCACAACAUUCUUCCAUGGAAACUGCACCAAACAAAUCCCCUUUCUCGCGGGUUUCUGAAAGAUUUUCCGCCAAACGGGACUUCCCUACUGGUUGUGGGAGACCAUAUUACUAUUCUGUUUCCAAAGAUGUUUUUUCCAAUGCUACUGAAUUUGAUGUGCCUUUAGAGAACCCUGUUGCAGAAACACCUCUAAGAAAAUGUUGUCCUCCAAGGAAUUUGAAAGUUCCAUCGGAUAAGCAUAAAUUUCCUUCAGGAAAACAGGAUUCUGGUUCUGCUUUUGAGGAAUAUGUUCUGACUAAUAAUUAUGCAAAUCAAAUUUCUGAUUCUGAUUCCAAGGACAAUGUCCCUUACAAUGAAAAGUCUGCUGUGGAUUCUCAACCAGUGGGAGCUACAAUGGGAGCUAAUGUUUUGCUGAUCAGGUCUUCUGUCAAUCUUGGUAAGGAGGAGCUUGAUUGGUGUCAAGAAUCAAGUGGUAGUCGUGUUAAAGUGAAGGAGGUUUUGGAAAAGUACCGGGACAUUCUUGCCAAGCUCCUCCGGAAAAACAAAGUGAAGCCAAAAGUACCGAAGGCUAAAAUCUAUAUGGAAGCACUAAUGCUUCUUAAAAGUGACCACAAAUGGCUUAAUACAAGAAAACAGUUAGGAGAGAUUCCAGGGGUUCAGGUUGGUGACAGGUUUCAAUGCCGUGCUGAACUAAUUGUAGUUGGCCUUCAUAGCCACUUUUACCAUGGCAUAGAUUACAUGAAGAAGGACAGGAGCAAUCUGGCGACAUGCAUUGUUGCUACUGAACGUUAUGCCAAUUACAUGGAAUCAUCGGACAUCUUGAUUUAUUCAGGGCAUGGUGGAAAUCCCUCAGUUCAAAAGAAGCAGCCACUAAGAGAUCAGAAACUUGAACGUGGAAACCUUGCAUUGAGGAAUAGUAUGGAUUCAAAAACUGUUGUACGGGUCAUUCGGAAGCUGCAUAUCAAGGGUUCCAAGGCAUCUACUUCAGAAUAUGUUUAUGAUGGCUUGUAUAUGGUGGAAAAAUUUUGGCAAGAGAGAGGAGAAUUAGGCAAACUUGUUUUCAAAUUUCGGUUGAAAAGAGUGCAAGGGCAACCUAAGUUAACUCGUGGAAUAGCAAGUAAACAGAAAACUCGUACAGUUCAGAAAGAGGACAUUUUAAUGAAUGAUAUCUCUCAAGGUAGAGAGAAAACGUUGAUUCGUGUUGUGAACAGUUUUGAUGGUGAGAGACCUCCACCAUUUGAUUAUUUAGCUAACAUGAUUUACCCAAAGUCACUUAAUGAAUCCAUUCCAAUUGGUUGUGAUUGUGUUGAUGGAUGCUCAGAUGAUGAAGAUUGUUCAUGCAAAAUCAAGAAUGGGGGAGAAAUUCCAUACAACAAUGCGGGAGGUAUUGCUCGAAAAAAGCCUCUUAUAUAUGAGUGCAACCCUUUUUGCAAGUGUUCUUCAUCUUGCAUUAAUCAAAUGAGCCAACGUGGUCUUCAAGUUCAACUUGAGGUAUUCAAGAUUGAAUCAAAAGGAUGGGGUGUAAGGUCAAGAUCCUAUAUUCGAUCUGGAAGUUUUGUAUGCGAGUACACAGGAGAAAUCAUUCAAAAGGAGGAAGCUAAACAUGGUGGUUCCUGCAGUGAUGAACACUUGUAUGCUGCAUUGGGAAAUAGCAAUGAUUCUGAGGGUUUAAGUUGUUAUGAUAAAGAUGGGGGUUUCGUGAUUGAUGCAAGCAAAUAUGGUAAUGUUGGGAGAUUUAUUAAUCAUAGUUGUUCUCCUAAUCUCUAUGUCCAGAAUGUCCUGUAUGAUCACGAUGACAGCAGAAUGCCUCACAUAAUGCUAUUUGCCAUGAAGGACAUACCUCCUUGCAAAGAAUUGACGCUUGAUUACAGUUAUAUGUUGAGGGGAAUUGGUGGUAUGGAAAGAAAGGGAAUGUCUACGUAA